CCUUCGUCUUUGUGCUAUUCAGAUCAACUAUUUGACGAUAACAACGCAUGCGGUACUCCAGCCAUGGAACUUGGUUUCCUUGUUUCAGGAAGCUACAACGAGCUUGCAGAGAAAAACGAAAAAACGUUUAGAAAAGCUUUGAAAUUUGUUAAUAAAAUGGCUCAGCAGAUAAAGCUAUCCGAUUCUGGGACGCACGUAGGACUAGUUGUAUAUGGCAAGAAGCCUUAUAUGGCAUUCGACUUCAACGAAUAUUUCGAUUUAAAAAGUUUAUCAGCGGCCAUCGAAGAAGUGAAAACACCAGUUGUUGGAAGCAGAAUUGGAGAGGCGCUAUCGUUUGUCAAGGACCAACUGUACGACAAGAGCGCCCGUCCAGAUAUCCCCAAGGCACUAAUUGUACUACUGUCCAAGGAAUCUGAAGACACCGUGGAUCAUGCAGUGAAAGCCCUGAAAAAUGCUGGAGUUAACAUUUACACUGUGGGAAUUGGAGGUGACGGUGAUCCGUUGGAAAUGAGCGACAUGACUUCCAACGUUCAAAACACUUUUGCAUCUGACGAUAGUCAUUUGGAUUCUUUAGUGAAAAAACUGAUACCAAAACUAUGCGAAGGUAAGUGCUGUUUUAAACUAACAGACUAACUAAGAAAUGAUUUUCGGCAGUUGUUACUAAAAUACAUACCCAGGG